AUGGGGAAGAUCACCUUCUACGAGGACCGGGGCUUCCAGGGCCGCUGCUACGAGUGCAGCAGCGACUGCCCCAAUCUGCAGCCCUACUUCAGCCGCUGCAACUCGGUGCGCGUGGACAGCGGCUGCUGGAUGCUCUACGAGCGCCCCAACUACCAGGGCCUCCAGUACUUCCUGCGGCGCGGCGAGUACCCCGACUACCAGCAGUGGAUGGGCCUCAGCGACGUGGUCCGCUCCUGCUAUCUCAUCCCCCAACAGACAGGCUCCCACAGGAUUCGGCUGUACGAGAGAGAGGAUCACAAAGGCCUCAUGAAGGAGCUGAGUGAAGACUGCUCCUGCAUCCAGGACCGCUUCCACCUCAGUGAGAUCCGCUCCCUCCACGUGCUGGAGGGCUGCUGGGUCCUCUACGAGAUGCCCAACUACCGGGGAAGGCAGUACCUGCUGAGGCCCCAAGAGUAUAGGCGGUACCAAGACUGGGGGGCCGUGGACGCUAAGGCAGGCUCAUUGCGGAGGGCAGUGGACUUAUACUAA